CAGGCACCCUAAACAAAGGAAGUGAGCUCCCAGCCAGUCAGACAGCUUUGAGCCCAGUCACCCCUCCUCCCCUCCGGGCUGCUAGUAAACCUUCACACAGGCAGGCAGGCAGGCCAUCCCCUGGCUGCCACAGCUGCUGUGCCGGUUGGGCCUGCCCUUAGAAAAGAGACAACCCAAAACUGCCCCCUCAACACACAGACACUUUGAAAAGGAGUCAGGCAGUAGAGUCUGUCUUUCUGUUUCUAUCUCUCUAUCAUAUAACAACUACAGGACCAUCACUUUAACCACCUGGAAUAUUCCUCCAUAAUUUACUAGAGAAGAACAGAGAAGAACUGCAAAACAAAAUAAACAAACUGGGACACAAUAAUCAUUAGCCCAAUUUCUGCCGGCCCAGCAGUACCUCCAUAUCCCCAGCGGCUCCUCUUCCUCUCAGACAGACAGACACACAGACAGACACACAGACCCAUUCAGCCAGGUAAUCUGUGUCUUCUCCCCACCUAGUUUAAUACCUGCCUAGUUAAGUGUCCAGUAUCUAGUUAGGUGUCCAGUAACUAGUUAGAUUUCCAGUAUCUCGUGGACAAGCCCUUCUACCCAGUGCUCCAGUCUCUGCAGCCUAUACCCAGGCCCCUCCAGACCAGGCUUUCUCAGGUCCAGGUAUCCUUGUCAGGCCUACUGCCUAGUCACCUCCAGAUAAGCCUUCGUGGCCUCCAUUCCUCCAGCCAGGUCGGCCUGCCAACCCAGUGCUAUAGUCUUGCUGCUUCAACCCAGGCUCUUCCAGUCCAGGUCCAGCUAUCGCUGUCCGGCCCGGCCAUGGUUCUGUGUGAGGACAGGGAGUGUGGGGUGUGUUAUCAGCCCUACUCCCGUCAGGACCGGAUCCCCCGGGUGCUCCACUGUAGACACACCUUCUGUGCCACCUGCUUAGAGACCAUGUCCCUGCCCAAGAGUGACAUGCUCACCGUAUGCUGCCCGCUGUGCCGCCAGACCACCUGUGUAGGGCGUGGCCUCAGCCUUCAGGAGGCGCUGUGGGUCAACUCACGCCUCUGGGACUACAUACCUGAGAGCAAAGAAGAGGAGGAGGAGGAGGAGAAGGAAGAAGAGGAGGAGGAGGAGGUGAAGGAAGAAGAGGAGGAGAGAGUGGAGGCUAACAGACAGACACAGGUCUCCUCACAGGCAGAAUGCCCUACGUCAAAGCGCUCCAGAAAAAUGCUGAAAUUUCCGGCCUUCCUCAGGAAAUUCAGUCUGACAAACACAGCAUCAGAGGAGUAUUGUGCCUGGUUGUGCCAACGUGGAGAUGAAAUCUUGGCGCAGGCUUCCAACUGCUGACACUUAUUAGGUGUCUCACGUGCUCGACGCAGGGAUGUACGUGUACUGUAUCAACAGCGGAGUGUUUACAGUUCCUCUCUGAUAUGAAUAAUCUGCAUCUUUUGAACAAUGACGUGUAGAUCACCAGUUGACACC